CGCCAUAGAUGUGGCGCCACCACGGCCCGAGCCUGGUAUCACCCAUCCCGGAGUCUUUGAGGGGUCCCGAGUCUCUGAACCGCGUCCUGAGAGACCCCGCAGCUUAGACUGCCGCAUCCAAGCUAAAGGACCCCAAAAUCCAAGUGCCCAGAGCCCCCUUCUGGAGGAGCAGGGAGUCCGGGACAGCAGCCGAGCUUCCAGCACCCGGUUUUGAGGAAUUUAGGAUCCUAGACCGGAGUUUCCCUCCAGGGCUUCCCAGAAGUUCAAGCCCAAGACUCCCAGGGUUAGAGGAACUUGGGAUAUGGACUCCUAGCGCUCCAACCAGUCUGUUUUGGGCUGAUGGGCCCACUACUUCGAGAGGACCCAGAAAUUUGAGACCCCCCUGCGCUCCCUCCUGGAGGUGUUUUAAUCCCGGCUUUUAGAGGUAGGGGAACUCGGGAAUCCGGGCCCCUCACGGCGCUCCCUAUAAGACUCGGGAAUUUGGGUCGCCAGCAGCCCCACCUGAGACUCAAGAGUCGAGGCUCCCAGCAUCCUUCCCACUUGGAGGACCUAGAAAGUCGGACCGCUGCACCCCAUUCUCCGAGAGACUCGGGAUUCUGGUUCCUGCAGCCUGAGAGCCCGAAGUUCACGCCCCUGACUUGCAGAGACCCAGGAGUCCUGGUUCUGUGCCUCCCCAGGGACCGUGCCAGGGUCGGAUAGGAACCAAGCUGCCUCGGUUCGGGACUGGAGACUCCCCGGGAGAAGCCAUUGAGCUACUCAGCCAUGCCCGAAGGAGCCCGUGGACUGAGUCCGUCCAAACGCAGCCCUAGCCUUGGCCGUGGACGCAGAGGUGACGUGUGUGACUGUGCAGCUGUGUGUGAGACUCCCACAGUACCCACAACUCCUGCCAUGGCCUCCCCUCGAGGUUCUGGGAGCUCCACAUCCCUGAGUACAGUGGGCUCGGAGGGGGACCCGGCCCCUGGGCCCACCCCAGCUUGCUCAGCCUCCAGGCCAGAGCCUCUUCCAGGGCCCCCCAUUCGCCUGCAUCUGUCACCCGUGGGGACUCCAGGUUCAGCAAAACCCUCGAGGCUGGAGCGUGUGGCCCGUGAGAUUGUGGAGACAGAGCGGGCCUAUGUCCGGGACCUCCGCAGCAUUGUGGAGGACUACUUGGGCCCUCUGCUGGAUGGCGGGGUCCUGGGGCUGAGCACGGAGCAGGUGGGCACACUGUUUGCCAACAUCGAGGACAUCUACGAGUUCAGCAGCGAGCUGCUGGAGGACCUGGAGGGCAGGAGCAGCGCAGGGGGCAUUGCUGAGUGCUUCGUGCAGAGGAGCGAGGAUUUUGACAUCUACACGUUGUACUGCAUGAACUACCCAAGCUCCCUGGCCCUGCUCCGGGAGCUGUCGCUGUCUCCACCAGCAGCCCUGUGGCUGCAGGAGCGCCAGGCCCAGCUCCACCACUCCCUGCCCCUACAGAGCUUCCUGCUAAAACCUGUUCAGCGCAUCCUCAAGUACCAUCUGCUGCUGCAGGAGCUAGGCAAGCACUGGGCAGAGGGCCCAGGCGCCGGGGGCCGGGGGAUGGUGGAGGAGGCUAUCGUGUCCAUGACAGCCGUCGCCUGGUACAUCAACGAUAUGAAACGCAAGCAGGAACAUGCUGCUCGCCUCCAGGAAGUGCAGCGGCGGCUGGGUGGCUGGACCGGCCCAGAGCUCAGUGCUUUCGGGGAGCUGGUGCUGGAGGGCGCUUUCCGAGGUGGUGGAGGGGGCGGCCCCCGACUUCGAGGGGGGGAGCGGCUGCUCUUUCUAUUCUCACGGAUGCUGCUCGUGGCCAAGCGCCGGGGACCAGAAUACACCUACAAGGGUCACAUCUUUUGCUGCAACCUAAGUGUGAGCGAGAGCCCUCGAGACCCUCUAGGGUUCAAGGUGUCUGAUGUGACCAUUCCCAAGCACAGGCACUUGCUGCAGGCCAAGAACCAGGAAGAGAAGAGGCUGUGGAUUCGCUGUCUCCAGCGCCUAUUCUUUGAAAACCACCCCGCCUCCAUCCCUGCCAAGGCAAAACAAGUUCUCCUUGAAAACAGUCUGCACUGUGCUCCUAAAAGCAAGCAUGUUGCAGAGCCCCUGACACCCCCACUCGGGUCUCCCCGAUCUCGAGAUGCUAGAAGUUUCAUUCCUGGACGAAGAAACACAGCCCUGUCUCCAGGACUGACCACUACCCGCCAAGGCCGCAGACAGUCUGAGCCAGCGAAGGACCAUUUUGUCAUGUUUCCACAGGACACUAAGCCUAGACUCACGCAUGCUGGCAGCGAUGGAGAGCUCUAUCCGUCCUUAGAGUCUGAACCACCAGUUCCAGCUUCUGGACCCUCUGAAGACCUGGAGGACACUGGACCCCCCACACUGGACCCCUCUGGGACCUCAAUCACUGAAGAAAUCCUGGAACUGCUGAGCCAAAGGGGCCUCCGGGAGCCAGGGUGCCCACCACAGCCAUCCCCCCAUGACAUCCCCAAGUUCCCUGAAGACUCCCAGGUGACAGGUGACAGCGAAACCUUCACAUUCCAAGCCCUGCCAAGCCGGGACUCCUCAGAAGAGGAGGAAGAGGAAGAGCUGGAGAUGGAUGACCGUGGGCCUUCCCCCCUCCACGUCCUAGAGGGGCUGGAAAGUUCCAGUGUGGCUGAAAUUCCCGACACUCCUAGCCUUACCAAAAAUCCUAAUAUACCCAAGCUCCCUAAGAUUCCUGGCCUUUCUGAAAUUCCUCAAAUGCCCCGCCUUCCCAGCCUCUCUGACAUUUCCAGUGUGUUUGAAAUGCCCCGCCUCCCAGCCAUACCUAGUGUCCCUGACGCCUCUGGUCUUUCCACUGCCUCCACCCUUCCCUGUGACUCCUGGCUCCAGAGACCUCUGCAGGAGCCAGAGGCCACCCGGAGAGAACUGUUCCCUGGAAGCAGUGUUGGAAAACUGGGAGAGCCCUCUUCAGGAAGUAGGACAGAGCAGGAGGCUGGUGAAGAAGGGGUAUCAUUCACAGAUUUCCAGCCCCAGGAUGUCAGGAACCAGGGAUUCCCGGAUGAGCUGGAAUUCCGCUCUUGCUCAGAAAUCCGGAGCGCCUGGCAGGCACUGGAGCAGGGGCAGCUGGCCCGGCCAGGUUUUCCAGAGCCAUUGCUGAUUCUGGAAGAUUCAGAUCUAGGUGGAAGCAGAGGGAGUGGAAAGGCAGGAGCCCCAGGUUCAGAGAGGGCAGCAUCCCGAGUGCGUGAGCUGGCACGGCUUUACAGUGAGCGGAUCCAGCAGAUGCAGCGGGCUGAGACCCGGGCAUCGGCCAAUGCCCCCCGUCGCCGGCCACGGGCUCUGGCCCAGCCCCAGCUGUCCCCCUGCCUGCCUCAGGAGCAGGCCGAGCCAGGACCCCUGCCUGCCUUUGGACAUGUGCUGGUAUGUGAGCUGGCCUUCCCACUCACCUGUGCCCAGGAAUCUGUUCCCCUGGCUUCUGCUGCCCGGGUUCAAGCUGCCACACCUUUGUGUAAGCAAGGAGGCUGCCUGGAUGGUCAAGGUUUAAAUGUUUCAAAUUUGCCUGAGCAAGAUCGGCUGGGCAUCCAGGUUCCAGCUGCUACCCCUUUGCCAGAGGAAGGAAACUUCUGGAAUAUCCAGAUUCCAGUCAGCACACCUUUGCCCAAGCAGGAAGGCCCCCCAGAAAUCCAGGUUCGAGCUGUUACAACUUUGCCUGAUCAAGAAGGCCACCUGGAAAUCCAAGUACCAGCUACCACUCCUUUGCCUGAGCAUAGUGGCCACGUGGAUUUACAGGUCCCAACGACCACCUUUUUUCCUGAGCAAGGACAUCACAUGGACAUCCAAGUGCUGACCACUCCAGCUUUGCCCAAGCAGGAAAGUUGUUCUGAUGUCAUGGUUUUAGCCACCACUCCUGUGCCCAAGCAGGAAGGCCACCUAGACAGCCAGAGCCCAGUCAAAACCCCAUUGAUUAAGCUCAGCAGUUCCGGGAAUGUUCAGUUCUCAGCCACUGUCUGUGGACAAGCCACCAGCCCUUUGCUUCUACGCAGAAGCAGCCUGGACCAUCAGAUCCCAGCCAGCACCCCACUGCCCUUGCAACAUGACCUCCCAGAUGUGGAGGUUCUGGGUACCUCACCUUUGGCCCAGCCACAAGGCCACACAGUCAGCCAGGUCCCCACCCUCCCACCUUCACCGAGGCAGAGAGGUCCCCCGGACAUCCAGGGUGCACCUGCUGCACCUUGGCUUCAGGAGCAAAGCCUCACAGACCUCCAGGUCCAAAAACUUGCACCUUUGUUGGAGCAGAAGAGCCUCACAAACAUCUGUGUUCCAGCUGCUGCACCUUUGCCUGAGCCAGGAGGCUCUCAGGACAUGCAUGGCCUGUUGCCCACCCCAGGUCAGACCACUGUGGUUUUGUCCAAACCAGGCCACUCGGUCUCUCACGUUGCCAGGUUAGAGUCUUCAGACUUGACCCCACCCCAGAGUCCCCCUCCCCCAACCCGCCACCUCCUGGGCCCCAACGCAGCUGCCCUCUCAAGAUACCUGGCAGCCUCAUACAUCAGCCAGAGCCUAGCUCGGCGGCAAGGGUCUGGGCGUGAGUCACUCUCAGCCUCCCAGGGCCCUUGGUCUUCCUCUGCCCCCACAUCCCGGGCACCUUCGCCACCACCCCAACCCCCACCCCCACCAUCCCCAGCCAGGAGACUCAGCUACGCCACCACAGUCAACAUCCAUGUCAGUGGUGGUGGACGGCUGCGGCCAGCCAAGGCCCAGGUCAGGUUGAACCACCCUGCUCUCUGCCCCCACCCAGGACUCUGGGGGCCUCCGCAGGGCCCAGGGGGCUCCCGAUGCCCCUUUCCACACGUGAGCCAGGAUGUUGGGCUUCUUGAAAAGCAAGGAUUUCAAUCAGAUGCCACAGACCCUUAGAACUUCAGUUGGAAGUCCAGACACUGAACACAGGUCUAAAAAUUGCUGCAGCUUCCCAGCUCCUGGGAAACUGAUAGGGUAAAUGGUCUUUAUUACUUACCUUGAUUAACUCAGCAGGGAUGGGGAAGGGGAUUUAUUAAUAUUUUGUUAAUUAAUAUGAAAUUAUGUAUGUCUUCCCUUUCUGAAGGCAGUGUGUGUGGAGGUAAUGGAAAAGAAUGACACAGCACAAAUCAGUGAUUCUGAAAAUUUGGGGAAUCUCAAACUUCUUUGAGAAUUGCUAGAAACUGGACCCAUUACAAUUUUGGUGUAUGAUUUCAGAGGGUUUAUGAACUGCUUGAUGCCCACCCUGGAAAGCCAAUUUAAGCUUUGUUCCAAGUAGGCCCCUAGAGAUGCAUUCCGUUAGUAAUUUAUCCAGGUCAUGUGUCCCACUGUCAUCCAGUCAUCUCAUCACUCAGCUCUCCAUCUAUCCAUCCAGCUGUUUCCAUCUCUCUCUUCCUCUAUCUUCUAGUCGUCAUCCCACCGUUAUGCCUUGCUUUAUUCAACCAUCCAUCAUCCUACCCCCUGCUAGAUAGCAUCCAUUCCUGUCACUCUUCAUCCAUUAUCCCACCUGUCUUCUCCAGCCAACCCUCUGUAUUCACCUGUCUGUCCCUCCGCAUUUCCUUCUCCACUCAGCCAUCUUCUCAUCCGUCAUGCCAACCAUCCAUCCAACCAUCGUAACAUCUCUCUAUCCUCCAUCCAACUCUGUAAUUGGGAUUCUUUGGGCCUUGGUACUACAGAAUUUCAAAGACAGUUCUGUGCUAACAGCAGAGUGGAUCAGAUUUGCAGUUUUGGGAAAAGUUCCACAGCUGUCUUAUUUCUCUUGGCAGCCACUCCUGACCCUAAUGAGUAUUCCAGUUCUGUGCCCAUCCCCACACAUUGAGAUCCCCUUGCCCCCCUUUCCAAUUUGGGACCACUGUGGUGCUUCUGUGUACCCCCACCUCCAAAAAUCUCAGGUUGUAGAGACAAAGGCUUUUAUGUUAGGAUCGUUUUGUCCCCUCCCAGCAGUGGUAUGCCCAGUGAGAAGCAUAUUUUAGUUUCUUUGGUAAUAUUAGUAUCUUUCAUUGAACACUUAACUUCUUGUGUAACACACCUUAUUUGAUCUUCCCUGGAAUUGUCUGAGGCACCAGUGUCAUGGCUGAGUUCAAGUCCUGACUUUCUUAUUGGUGUGUAACCUCCCUGUGAGCAUGGUUUCCUCAUCUGUACAAAGACAACGGUACCAGCCUUGUGGGAUCAUUGUAGAUCCAACGAGUGUAUCCUCACUUGCAGUUGUGUUUGAACCUCUGACUCACUGGGCCAUUGUUAAAUCAGAUCCCCAAGGAUCUUGUUCCAAGCUGUGGAAUCAGAACUUCCACGGCAGGAGCCCAGGAAUCUGAAGUUUAAACAGUCCAGUAACACAAAAAACUGACAUUGAAUACUAACUGCAUACCACAGGCAUU